AAUAAGUCAUCAGACAGAGAAAAAGGAAACAUUAUUUAUAGAAAUAUCAAAGCUUGAACCCACCAAGAAAAAUACUAAGAUUACCCCACCAAAUAAUGUCAAAUAUCAAUAAAAAAACAAGCACCACCAAUUCACAACCCUACCACCUUAAUGAACCUACACCUCACCUCCAACCAUCGCAUGGUGGUGGUGGUGGUGGUUGUGGGUCUUCGUCAUCUACCGCUGUUUUAAUUAACGCCUCCACCACUCAACCACCGCCACCGGCACAACUCCUUGACUCCUCCUUAGCUGUCGUCACCACCGGAUCGGAAACCAUAGAUGAUUCUACCAAGAAACCAACCAAAAGUACAACAAAGGACCGCCACACGAAAGUUGACGGUCGAGGGCGGCGCGUCCGAAUGCCGGCUACUUGUGCAGCUAGGGUUUUUCAACUGACUCGAGAAUUAGGCCAUAAGUCUGAUGGUGAAACCAUCGAGUGGCUCUUGCAACAAGCUGAGCCAGCCAUCCUAGCUGCAACAGGUACAGGAACAAUUCCAGCCAAUUUUUCCACCCUCAACAUCUCUCUCCGGAACAGUGGCUCCACUCUGCCGGCUCCGCUCUGGAGAUCGGCUCCUCAUUCUUUCGACAGUGCACUUGGUCUUGGACUAAGCGUACCCCGAGCUUAUGAAGAGAACUUUUCACAGAUGUUAGGCUUUCACCACCAACAAAGCCCUCAUCUUUUACAAGCAGCUCAAUUUACAGAGGGAAGCAGUGGCGGAGAUGGCGGCGUUUGUCUACAUAAGAGAUACAGAGAAGACUUGUUCAAAGAAGAAGGAACCAGUAAUUCUCAAGGAGAAGGCUCCAGUUCAUCUUCCAGUAAAAAAUUCAAGGGCUAUGAUAUGCAAAUUAUGCAUCUUGCGGCGGCGGCCGGACAAACACCUACAAGUUUGAUGGGGCACAGUAACAUGCUGCCAACCAGUGUCCCACCAAAUAUCACCACCGCCGCCGCCGCCAGCACUUUCUUGACGCUGCCCGUCACUGCCGGUGGUGCAAGCGGCAAUGGGCAGACAUUGGCUGACAAUGGUGCGGUAGACCCAACGUGGCCGGCUGCCGGACCCUCAGAGUCUCCCCAAAUGUCUCAAUUUCCGAUGUCUGCGAGGUUUAAUUACUCGGGAAAUUUUGAACUUCAAGGUGGGAUAAUGCAGCAGCAGCAUCUUGGAUUGCGCGAGUCCAAUUUGGGCAUGUUGGCAGCACUCAACGCUUAUUCAAGAGGUGGUUUGAAUAUAAAUUUUGGGCAGGCUCAGCCAGUUCAUUCUCCAUUGGAGCCCCAGCAGCAGCAGCAGACUCGGGCUAAUGACAGUGGAGAAGAUGACCAAAAUACUUAGCAAUAAGAAUGUGUGUAUACAUAUAUAGUUUGAAAUCUGAAUUUGGUUAGUGAACAAUUUUCUAAGUAAUUCAUUCAUCGAGUGAGCAAUUUUUUUAGUUUUUUCUACUGAUAUGUCCAGUUAUUGGAUUUGUAUAUAUAGAUUGCUAAAAUGGGAUGAUUUUACAGAUUUAUGUAUAUGUAUGUGUGUGUGUGUGUGUGUGUGUGUGUGUGUGUGUAUAUAAUUGAGUUAUAAUGAAUGAAUGCUUCAUGA